AUGGCUGAUGACGAAGAUAUCAAGGACGAAGCCGAGGAGCCUCAAGGUAACGAAGAUGCCGAUGAAAAUGCAAUGGAAACUGAUUCGAAAAAAGCGCCGCCACCGCUUGGGCUGAAGAGCCCCACGCCGGGUCGCCAGUAUGGAGUACCAGAAGCACCCCGAUCUGUGCAGCGGCGAAUGGCCAAUUAUUCUGGUGGUAAACCAUCAAAACAUGAUAAGGACAAAUUGAUGCGGUCUGAGGGAAUUAUUCCGAUUCAGGCUGGCUCCAACAAAUAUGCAUCACAACGAGGAAUGACUGGUAUACUUUGA